AUGAGCCUCCACAAGAACAACGACCAUCCGAAUGAUGACGGGGCGCCGUUGCCAAGAAUAAUCUCCGAGCGUGACGACGCAUCGUCCGAACAAAAUGAUCCUACUGCUACAUGUACUAGUGUGGAUGACAGUAGUAGUAUGCACUGGAUCUUACACUGGGAUAUCAACGAGACCAUCCUGGUGGGCGAUGAAGUUGGCGGGGACACCAUUGAGGACUGUUUCAACAAGAUCAUUGCCAAGUCGGCAUUUGUGCAAAAGACUGCUGAUAAUGCAGUUGGCGAUGAUGAUAACGAUUUCGACAGUACCACUGCCAUGAUCCCCACGCAUUGGUGGGACGGUAGCCCCCUAAAGGACGAAGAAGGAGGUCCUCCUCCCCCACUCUAUACGGGAUGGGAUUGGCCGAAAGGUUGCUGUCCGUAUUACCGAACCUCCUACAAACGCAUCUCCAAAACCUUCACUGAUGGACACGGGGCCGUCUACAAGCCACUCUACAAGGAAAUCGAACAGCGACUGACUCGUCGUCAACAACCAGACCUCUUUGACAAUAUCAUUCCGGCAUUUUUCCAUACCAUGAAUCAACUGAUACACUCGCCGUCGUCGCCCAACAAUCCACCCGUGACGAUUGUCUUUCGAACCUUUGGGACGGAUUUGCCAAGUAUUGCCCAAGCCAUGACGGCAUUUGCACAAGGCAAACAUCCCGAUUAUCCGGAUUUUGUCCAUCCCCAAUACGAACUGGAUGCGAGUCGGUUGUAUUAUGCCAAAUGGGUGCUUCAAGAUCAUGCUGGCGGCGGAGCAGAAAAGCAAGAAGAAGACGAGAGGAAACGCUAUCAGUAUCAAUUAUUUCGACAAGACGACGGCUCCAUGGUGGCGUCAGGAGAUCAACAAGUACUGGAUCUGCUGCACAAUACUGGUAGCAGUGACCAACAGCACUAUGUGUUUGGCAUUCAAGAUGACUAUCCCAUGUGGAAAGCUCACACGUGGGAGCCUUGGGCGGGAAAACCCGUUUGGAAGUUGGAUGGUGAUUCCAAGCACCAUCACAUACUCCUAGACGACAAUAUUCACAAUCUGCCCCAUGAUGGCAUUGCCAGUGUACGGCAACCUACCGACAAUGAGUGCUUUGAGUCAUUGUCGGGUCCCGAGAUCCAAUCCAUGCACGGAGUGCACUUGAUUCGAGUGCCGACCAUCGAGCCCAUCAUGAAUACCGAUUGGUUCCUGCAACAGAUUGCCAAAGUGCAAGCCGCCGCACUGCUUGCACGGGCGUCUACCGGCACUACUUAG